CGGGGGCGACUCUUAUUGCAAACUAUUUUCAAACGACGAUAUUCGGCCACUGUUCGAAGUUCGAGGUACAGAGUGGUCAAGUGUGGUGUGUGUAGCUGCUGCAUCCACCCCGAGAGCUUAACGAAGUUUACUUUCAGAUAGUUCGAGUUAAGUAACGAAUAGACAAAAUGUUGUUAAAGCAGCACUUAGAUAUGAUCGGUAGAAACGAGCCAAUUCAGAGGAAAGCAAAAUUCUGGCAGUCAUACGUCCGAGCAUUAAAAGGAACAGACGACAUGCGUGCUCCAGAACACACACACUACUCCCGGUAUCCCUCCCGGGGGAUCUUCCAGCCUCUGUUGGACGACAUUCCGACCUGGCCGAAAUCAAAGUCCAUCUACGACGACCCCAUCGCCCCGAGCGAGCGCAUCAGCGUGCCCGGCUACCGCUACCUGCCCAUCUCCAGGGAGACCUACGGCAUCUCGCCCAGAAACAUCUACCCACACAACUACGUCGACUACAACAGAUACCCCCGCAACCCCACUGACGUGUACAACCCGUACCCGGUGCUGGAGCCGUUCAAGACCCUGAAGGACUGGUCGGACCACCUGAAGCGGCUGGACGAGUUCGAGAACCUGUUCCCGAAGAAGUACACGCCGACGUUCUACGCCCCGCGGAAACCGCUCGUCCGACGGAUCUACCCCGAGCGCGACGACUACAUCCCCCACGUCUCGACGACGUGGCCCUCGCUCAGCGCCUGGAGCGACCACCUCCGACGGAAGCUCGAAUACGAGCACCUCUUCGGCCCCAAGACCCUCGACGCCAGGGAGGCCCUCUUCCCCAAACGCUAUUUGCAGACGUCCCUCCUAGACCCCUUCCCGGGAUCCUUUAGGUAUUACGACAAAGCAGGUCAACCUAUCUACACCCGAGGAGGGUUCUCUCGACGACCUCUGUCUGAGCUACUGGAGCCCCUAGUCUCCAUGCCCAUUUCCCGGAUCACGAGGGAUCCCUGGUGGCACGAGUACCCCGAGCUCCGACCCUUCGAAUCGCCUUACUCCUACGCCUGCAAGUCUCCGUUCUACCUCCGAAACAGCUACCUGUCACCCGUCAAGCGUACCUACCUCUGGAGGGAACAUCCCAUCCGACCAUUCACAUCCCAUCGCGUAUGGUACUAAAUUUCAAGAUUCUCAAGGGCGCCUCUGGCAUGAAUGCUAAUAAAAGACAAGUACAAAUAAGAGUCUCCUGAUUUCGGCCCAAACUCACCGCGACACGAGACACAUUGCUGACCGUCCAUCUUACUGAGAUUGUGACGAUACCUCGACGUUAUUCUCUCAAUCGAAACCAAAGAAGUUGUUACUGUUACCGUUGUUAAUUUUGCUGCCAUUCCACUCGUAUGGGCAGAACUUUGUGCCGACUAAUUAAUUUAUUUUUUAAAUGACCAAGCACCUUAAAAAUUAAGCGUCUUGUGAAUACAUUCUGUAAAUAAAAAAAUAUUAUUGUUCUUA